GACAGGCGAGAGUCCACGGGAACGAGAACUGCUUCGGAUUACACCGGCAAGGGAAGGACAGGGGAGGCUGGAGCACCGAUAUCCGACAAAACAACAGAAGUAGGCAAACAAUUUGGUUCGGAGGUCGGUUGGGAGGAAAGUUUCCUGGAUUUUAAGUUCGCAUAAGGAGUGUCGGACGGAAUUUUGCUAUUCUCUAAGGAGUAAAAGCAAAGGUACGUUAAGUUCUGCUUAUAAAGCCAUGGUAAUGAAUGCUUCCUUCUUCCGCUGAGUCGCCUAGUGGACAGUCAGAGGCAUCAUGGCAGAACUGCCUAUUGCCCCGGGCAAGGUCUACAUCGAGGUGGAUUAUGACUAUGAGUACAAGUCCAAGGACCGCCUCAUUACCAUCCGGCAGGGGGAAUGUUACAUGCUAGUCAAAAAAACCAAUGAGGACUGGUGGCAGGUGAGGAAAGAUGAAGGGACGAAAGCUUUUUAUGUACCUGCUCAGUAUGUCCGCGAAGUCCGCAAAGCCCUCAUGCCGCCCUCUAAGCCAAUCGCACAUCCUCCACCCGCCACAGGAAACACACCUCCACAUGGUGGGGGUUCACUCUGGUUAAAACCAGCCAAUCUGGAGCUGGGACUCCAUGAUCGGCCUGCUGAGAACCUUCACAGACACGACUCCAAAACCAGACGUUCUCCUUCAGCACAAACCGCCUCCGCAGGCCACUUCAGUCCUCUGAGUCAGCGCAGGAACAGUAACCACCACCACCACCAUGCUCCAAGCAGCCCCACCGAUCACGACCGAGCCCUGGCUGAUAUUCUCGUCCACGGUGGUGGGCCUCCACCUUCACAAAAAGGAUCGUCCAGCACUCUUCCCCGCACCCGAGCCAGAUCCCCAGAGAUGGUCAGGACCCGAUCCCCAGAGAUGGUCAGGGCCCCGCUGAACGUGGACAGCACCCAUCACUGUGACUCUGCAGGAGAAGAGAGGCGCACCAAUGACUCAGAGUCUGGUGAUGAACUGAGCAGCUCUUCCACUGAACAUCUCCAGACUGUAUCUACAUCAGGCCACGGCCGGUCAGAAUCACCGGUCUACACCAACCUCCAGGAACUGAAAAUCACCCAGACGAAUCUGCCCCCUCAACCUUCAGGGUCCCCCCUGCACAUCCUUGGUGACUGGGAGACCUACAAGGACCAGAGCGGCAGGCAUUACUACUACAACCGCUCCACCCAGGAGAAGACCUGGAAGCCACCUAGAACCAAAGACAUCAGCACCGGGAACUCCAGAGGAGAGAGCCACAGCACUGGAGAGAGCUCAGAGACCACUCCUCUCUCGCUCUCGCCGUCUUUCCUCCCCUUCCUCUCGCUCUCCAUUGGUCGAUUCCAGCCUCUGUCUUCGGAAGACACCUGCUUCAGUACCUACUCCAGCCAGUCAGACAGCCAGUAUGGCUCGCCGCCGCGUGGCUGGUCAGAGGAGAUGGAUGAGUAUGGCCACACGCUGUACGUCAGCGACUAUACUAAUGAGAAGUGGUUAAAACAUGUUGAUGAACAGGGCAGACCUUAUUACUACAGUGCCGAUGGCUCCAGGUCAGAAUGGGAGCUGCCAAAGUACAGCCUCCCCGUACCUCCGCUGCCUGGAGAUGCUCAGAAGAGUCGCAGUCUGGACAGGAAAAAUGUGGAGCCCAUCGUCCUGACGAAGUGGAGACACAGCACCUCCAACCUAGAGCCAGCCGAAAAGGAAGCUUCUCUGAGCCCCAAGCCCCCCUCUCCCGACUCUGACUCCUGCUCCUCGUCUCCCAAGCCCCUCGCCUCUCCCUCUGAAAAGUGUGGAGUUCUGAAUGUGACAAAGAUUACUGAGAAUGGCAAGAGAGUACGGAAGAAUUGGACUUCCUCAUGGACAGUCCUUGACGGUUCAAUGCUGCUGUUUGCUAAAGGACAAGGAGGCGGGACCAGCUGGUUUGGAGGUGGUCAAUCCAAACCAGAGUUCACUGUGGACCUGAGAGGAGGCUCAGUGGAUUGGGCGUCCAAAGACAAGUCCAGCAAAAAGCAUGUUUUAGAGCUGAGGACUCGAGUGGGCACGGAGCUGCUGAUCCAGUCUGAAAAUGACGGCGUCAUCAACGACUGGUUCAGAGCGCUGCAGGACACCAUCAGCACACAUCCUUGGGACUCUGAUGAGGCCAUAGAGGAGGACAUGCCCGAGUCGCCUGGUGUGGAGAAACACGACAAGGAGAAAGAACACAGAGAAUCCAAGAAAAACAGAGCCAUGAAGAGCACAAACAGUGUGGACGCCUCUGAGAACAAGAAGACCAGACACAAGCUGAAGAAGUUCCUCACCCGCCGUCCGACCCUGCAGGCCGUCAGAGACAAAGGAUACAUAAAAGAUCAGUUGUUUGGCUGCAGCCUGUCCAGUUUGUGUCAGAGGGAAAACAGCACAGUGCCCAGUUUUGUCAAGAUGUGCAUCGACUACGUGGAGAACAGUGGACUUUCUGUUGACGGGCUUUACAGAGUCAGCGGCAAUCUGGCCGUCAUUCAAAAACUACGCUUUGCUGUCAAUCAUGACGAGAAGGUGAACUUGGCAGACGGGAAGUGGGAGGACAUCCAUGUGACCACCGGAGCUUUAAAGAUGUACUUUAGAGAGCUGCCGGAGCCGCUCUUCACCUACGCUCUGUUCAACGACUUUGUCAACGCUAUCAAAAUUUAUGACUACAAGCAGCGAGUACAGUCGAUCAAAGAGCUGGUCAGACAGCUGCCCAAGCCCAACCACGACACCAUGCAGGCCCUCUUCAAACACCUUAGGAAAGUGGUUGACCAUGGCGAGGAAAACCGCAUGAACACCCAGAGCGUGGCCAUCGUGUUCGGCCCCACGCUGCUGCGACCUGAAACGGAGACCUGGAACAUGGCCGUCCACAUGGUCUAUCAAAACCAGAUAGUAGAGCUUAUACUGCUGGAGUAUGAGAGCAUUUUCGGCAGGUAGAUGCCAGAGGAUGAGCUUCUUUUCAUUCCACUCCCGAUGCAGAGCUCUUCCUUAACUAGGCAUGGCCCUACCAGAAAAGAAAAGAAAAAAAAAAAAGCCUGGCCUGGCACGGCUCAGCU